CUAGCUCAGAGCGGCCUCUUCUGGUGGAAGAAGAAGCAUAAGAGAUCCUAUGAGCUGGUGACGCUGCUUGGGCUCUGGAUUGUGCCAGCAGUAAUCUCAUUCCAUUUCAGGUUCUGGCGGUUCCUGGGAGUGUGGACCAUCUACAGCGGCAUCACGCUGUACAUGCUGAGCCUCUGCUCUGUGGGACGCAUGGAACGCAGCACUCCCAGAAGGGUUUACAAGUGGUUCUCCAGCAUCUAUAUGCUGAGCGUGGGGCUAGGGGUGCUGGGCUAUGUGCUCAUGGCAGUGGUGGGAUCUCUGGAGGUGGGCGGUGGCGGCUCGCAGCAGCUGGUGCCCGGGCUGCACGGCCUCUGCGCGAUGCUGCUCUGGUACGGCCUCUACUUUGGCGUGCUGGGCCGCGACUGCGCCGAGGUGGCUGCCGACCGCAUGGCGUCGCUGAUCGGCAUGCAGCGGCAGAUGGCGGUGUCCGUGCGCAGCUGUGGGAUCUGCGGGGGGGACCUGCAGGACUUUGGGGUUGUUGGGAAUGGAGCGAGUGUGCAGCUGGGGUGUAAACACUGCUUCCAUCCCGACUGCAUCAGGGGCUGGACUAUUGUGGGCAAGAAGGACACCUGUCCCACCUGCCUUGAGAAGGUGGACAUGCGGAAGAUAUUUGCUGGCAGACCCUGGGAAAGCCGUAACCUUACCUGGAUUCAAAUGCUGGACUCGAUCAGGUAUCUGAUUGUGUGGAAUCCUGUGCUGCUGCUGGCGCUG